CAACCGACGUGUCAUUUAAGUGUACGUUAUUAAUGUUUCUUAAAUCUUGUGUCUAAAAGCAGGCGUUGGCAGGCGGAAGAUGAAUUCGACAUCGACAGACAUAUCUAAAAAAAGAUCCAGCCGCUCAAAAUCGCGCUCACGGAAUACUUCUGAGGAUACAAGCUCAAGCAGCGAUUGGGUCGAUUCUUCAGGCUCAAAUGACAGUUGCAAAAGGAUCCGAAAGAGAGAUGAUGCUCUAUUAGGCUGGAGCGACAAUAUUCCUUAUUUCACGUCCACCCAUAUCCUGGAGAGCUACUCAGACAUAGAACAGCCAAUGGACAUUUGUGCCACUGGGCUAACAAUUUUUCCUAGAGAGCAAAAGGAAGAGGUACAACAAACAACAGCUAGUAGCACACAUACCACAAAUUUGACUGUGACAAGUCUAAUGAGUGCUACGCAGACAACCAAUACCAACUGCGAUAUCAACAACAUCAACGAUAUCAGCAAUAACGGCAGCGGUUUAACCUCGAUUCCAAGAGCAACAUCUUCUCCGCAACCAUUAGCAGAGCCAAGAACAGAAUCAGAGCCACAAACCGAUUUUGACAAGCAGAAGGAGGCGAUGCUGUUAAACCACUUGCAAACCGGCAAACCCGAUGCAAGCGAAGGAGCAGGAGGCAACCUCCUGCUGAGCAAGCGCUCUCGCAUGCGCUUUAUGUCCUAUAGUGGAUCAUCCAGCGAUGAGGCCAGCGAAACGACAAAGCGACUCAAAAAAACAACCGACGACAACGAUCACCCACCCUGCAUGCUGCAAAUGCGCUCCAAAUCGAUGUACCAAUUUGACCCCACUAGCAGUAAUGCAAAGACGCCCAAACGCCGGCGCUCGGUUGCUGCGAACAAACUGCUGGCCACAGAUCCCUUCUAUCGCUUGCCCUUCGAACACGGCUGGAAGCGUGAAUUGGUGUUGCCCAGCAAUUUGAACAAUGCACGCCAGCAGGCCGAUGUUAUAUUCAUAUCGCCGGGGGGCAAAAAGCUGCGCUCGAGAGAUGACAUUGUCCCACUGCUUGUGCCCGGUUUGUCAAUUGAUCAUUUUUGCUUUAAGCCCCAACUUCAGAAUGCUGGCGAGCAUUAUGAAACGGUCCGCCAGGGUCAGUCUGCUAAGGAAUGUCGCAGAUUGUUGGCCGCCGCAAAGCAGCAGAAACAGCAAGGGCAAGGGCAACAGCAAAAACCACAAGGGCAGCAGCAGAAGCAACAAGAGCAGCAGAAGCCACAACAACAACAGCAGCAGGUGACUAACAGUAUCGAUCUUGGCAAACAAGCAACAUCAACGCUAACACCCGUCUUCGGGAAACGUGUGCCUAAGCCUAAGGUGCCCAAGGGCGCUAGCCCGCCGCCCGAGGGUUGGACCCCAACGACGGCGGUUAAGGGAAAUGCACGCGUCCUGGCUGCGAGCAAUGGUAACAGCAGUGGCGGCAUCGGCUCCAGCGCCGGCAACAGCGCACGCAGACGUGGCAGCAACCAGACGAACAAAUCAGCAAAGACAGCACCAGAGCCGACGACGGUGGUGCAGCCGAAGCUGCCGCUCCAGCCGCAGUCAGCCGUUAAGACGAUAAUAACUUGUGCGAAAUGCUUGCAGGCAAUCAAUGGCCGCAAUCAAGCCUAUCGUGUCGGGCUGAGCGCUGUUGAGAGCUACAUUUGCAAGCGCUGUGUUAAGCCUGGCAGCAAGGCUUCCCUUUCGCCGCCAGCAGAUAUAGCCCGACAACAGCAGCCACGUGGACCUGAACAUACCAAUGCCAAUGGUAAUGAUGGAAACAAUAAGCUGGAUAAGGAAAUGAUCGAUGAGAAUGUGAACGCCGCCGGCAAUUGGGUCAUCGUCGAAAAUAUUGCACAGCACAACAAUCUGCCGCAUGCUAAGCUGAGAGAUGAUUCUCCUGCACUUCGUUGUGGUAGAAAGAUAACACCCAAGCCAAUGGAGGUGGUUGUUAUUAACGGUCGCAAGGCUGUCGCCGUUGCUGUCUCGCCACCGCGGACGCGUCCCCAAAUACCACUCUUUACAGGCAAUCAGAACGUGGAUAUCAAUCUAAGAUCUCUAGCUAGGCGCAACGCCGCCGCAGCUAGGGAUAAGCUAAAACAAGUCGUUGAUUUCAUUUCUAGUAGCAGCAUGGGCUGCCAGCUGAUGACGGCCGUUAUGAAGACGCUUGACCUGCACGAACGCGUGCGCUUGUCAAGUGUGUGCAAAACCUGGGCUAUGAUAGGCCGCGAUAGGAGCGUGUGGCGUACGGUGAAGUUGCGCGAUACGCACAUCAGCAACUGGAUGCUUCUGCUGCGUGACAUGACGAUCUAUCGCACCGUCGAGCUCGAUAUGAUGGGCGUGAGAUUCGACAAUCCAAAGAUGCGCUUUGACGGUGAUUUGCGACUAUUGAAAUCGUUGCGCAUUCUACGCACCGAUGCCAGCGAGGCGAAGUUUGUCGAGACAAUUGUGAAGUGCAUGCCACAACUGCUGGAGCUGCGCACAACGUGCGUCAGUCGUGCUCUGAAUCUGGCCAACAUCGAAACGAUGUUGGAUUUGUGUGUGCUGCGAAUUCGCAUGCUGGAGCCGAAAGCCAGCAUCAUCUCAUUGCCGCCGCUGCAGAAAUUGAGCUGCUUGCGAGAGCUGAGCUUGCGUGGCAUUAGCAACAUGGCUAAGCUGGAGCUGUUGCAGCUGGAGGGAUUGCAGCAGCUGGAGACGCUUGUACUGGGCUCCUGUCGCGGUAUGAAGGUGGCAGCGUUCGGGCAACAAGUUCUGCCCAGUCUGAAGCGUUUGCGCCACUUGCGUCUGGAGAACCACAACAGCAAUCGCUCAUUUCAUAUAAAAGAGAUCAUGGAUGGCAUUGCCGCCGCUGGCACUGUGAAGCGUGUCGAACUUAUCAAUGUCAACGUAGAUGCGGAGUUGAGUCGUCAGUUGUCCGAAUGUAAAUCGUUGCAGGAGCUGCUUCUGUUGCCAAAUUUCCACAAUCAUACAGCCUAUAUGGUGCACUACAUCAUGCAGGCGAUCAACGAGAACAGCGAACAGCUCAAUGUGUUCCGCCUGGGGAUCACCUACGAACUGCUCAGCGUGACUCGGGCAUUGGGCAUGAUCCACAAGAAGGACUGUGUGCCAGUGCUGCUACCCAUUCCGGGCGUUCCCGAAAAUGAUGUACUGAAUGAGUCCGAUGAGCCAAUCGCCUAUUUGCCGGUUGAUCGCCUCGAAUCGAUUUUACACCACAUGAUGCCACAGGGUUGGCUAACCGUUGCCAAGGUUUCACAGCUUGAGACAAUCAAUCUCAAAUUUCUGGCGGCUCCAUCCACCAACAAAGGCGGAUUUUCAAACACUUAAACUUUUCACUUCUACAUACUUACAUAUAUACAUAUAGAAUUUGAGUUUCAGGGUUUCAGCUGAUUCAGAGCAAGAAGUACCUCUUUGUAUCUGUCUGCAUGCUACCCAUUUGUUUUUUGAGAGAGUACAGACUGUGUCUUAAUUUCCUCAUCAUUAGCUACACAAUGCCUUCUAGCGAAUACAAUUUUGAAGUAAUUCUCCAGAUACAAUAUAUAUUGUACUCGUUGAGAAAAGUAAAAGGUAUUCGAAAGCCAACAGAUGAAAAUAUCUAUUUUUUGUUUAUAAAAUAUUCAAUCGUUUCUUUUUAUUCCAAUGAUUACAUACAUAGAAAUAUAAGUAUAAUAUAUAAGUUCUUAAUGCUUAGUUCAUAGAUUUUUUUGAAGAUACCUAAUUUAUGUUUACAUACUUUUUGCUGCAAAAAGCAACAGAUUUAGUUUAUAAAAUAAAAAAAACGCUUAA